AUGAUCACCGAGGAUUGUAUCGAGUUCAAAAAGGAGGUUAUUGCUGUAACAGAAGGAGGCUAUGGUGGAAAUAAGGAUGCGAAAACCAUUCUGCACUUUGGUGAUGACACAGUAGCAGAAGCUGAUAUUGUGCUGGGAUGUGAUGGCUUGCGCUCAAAAGUCCGUCAGCUCAUUCUUGGAGUUGACAAUCCCGCCUCUCAGCCAUCCUACAGCCACAAGGUUGCCUUUCGCGGGCUUAUUCCAAUGCAAAAGGCAAGAGAAGUUCUUGGUGAAAACAAAUCAUCUACGGGAUACAUGCACCUGGGCCAGAACGGCCACUUCCUCACGUUUCCCGUUGCCAUGGGCACGAUCCUCAAUGUUGUGGCAUUUGUCACCGACCCAGGACAAUGGCCGAGCAACGAACGACUCACUCUACCAGCGACCAAAGAUGAAGCAGUUCGCUACUUUUCCGGAUUUUGUCCUGUCGUAAUCUCGAUCAUGGAGAUGCUGGACGAGAGGCUGGAUAAGUGGGGUAUCUUUGACUUAUUCGAUAACCCUGCGACUUCGUAUGUCUCUGAAGCAGGUCUCAUAGGUCUCAUUGGCGAUGCGGCUCAUGCUUCGGCUCCUCAUCACGGUGCCAGUGCUGGGUGUGCCAUUGAAGAUGCCCUUGCCCUAGCGGUCGUAUUAGAAGAUGCUGCAGCAAUGCUGCAAGAGUCAUCCGAUGCGGUUGCUGAGAGGAAUGUUGGUAUUGCAAGCUGCCCUCUCUACCUACCAAGAUAUACGUCACGAACGUACCCAAUGGGUUGUGCAGAGCAGUCGGCUCAUUGGUGA